AUGAGCGGCAAGCUAGCGUUGGCCACGAGCGGCUCUAUUGCUAGUAGGAGCGGCAGCGCAGGCCACUCUGAUGAUGGCAAAGAAGCACUUGAGCAUGCAUUGGCAUCUUUCCAGUCAAUUCUCAGUGACGAAGAGCGCAUAAAGCUCCAACACACAAGGGGGAGCUCUUGUGAUGCUGGAUCGAUCAUCCAGUUUACUCACGAGCUAGACAAUCUGGACGCGAGCCGCAAGGGGAAAAGCAUCGCUACGACAUUGUACUCACUUUUCCAGACUGUUGAACAAUUUUAUCAGAUCGCAGACACAUACGUGUCUUCUCACCCCGAGGUCGCAGCACUGGUAUGGGGCUCGGUCAAAGUGACGUUCAUGAUCUUAGGCAACUUCACAUCAUACUUCCAGAAGUUUUCAGAGCUCCUCCGAGGGUUUGAUCAAUUUGUGCCACGCCUUGCACAGUAUCGACAACUUUUCCCUGACUCGACGCGUUUAAGGCGUGCCACAUACGAGUUCCAGGCCGCGGUAAUUUCGUGCUGUGCUCAAGUGGUCAUCGCCACGCGGCGCACAUGGCAAAAGCAACUUGUGACGGCGCUGUCGCUAUCAUUCCAAGCCGAAAUGCGACCUUUUGUUGAUGAUAUACGCGCAAAGGCGAAACAAGUCAAAGAAGAAAUCGGACUUGCUAAAGCGCAGGUCGACCAUCAUGAGCAAACCCUCCAGUCUGAUGAACGGCGCCACGCGAGCAGGUUUCGAGGGGAGCUUUCCAGGUGGUUUGCGAGAUCAGAACAAGAAGUUCACAAUUUGAGGCAGGACGAGCUGGCUCGAGCAACGGCGUAUGCAUGGAACCACCUUUUGGAGAAGCUUUCUUCCUAUGACCAUACCAUGGCUUUCAAAAAUGCACGGGCAAAGCGGCAUAACGGAACUGCAGAAUGGGUAUUCCUUGAUGAUCACUUUCUCGACUGGUACAAUGCGGAAGAUUCUGCCAUUCUGAAUGUUUUUGGUAUGAUCGGCGCAGGCAAGACAGUCCUCACGUCUAAGAACAAACACGCUGAUAACCUGCAAAGGGCAAACAUAGUCGAUUAUCUAAUGCAGCAUCGGCGGCAACAAAAUCAAGCAAUCACGUUCUUCUUCGUUUGUUUCGAUGAUCUAGCAAGUCAGCGAUCGGAACAUAUCAUAAAUUCAAUCAUUCGACAACUUCUCGGCCAUGUAUUAUUAGAUACAGAUAUUCUUCGCUCUCUCAAAAUCUCGAAGGGACGGAUUUUCGACCACGAUUCGCUUUUAACCCUUUGGACAAAAGCAAUGCAAGAAUUCGAAGUCUUCUGGCUAGUUCUGGAUGGGCUUUACGAGUGCACUCCAAACGAGCGAGGGAUCGUUUCCGGAUUUAUUUCCAAGCUACUUCGGGCCUCAGAUGAAAGGCACAAAGUGAAAGUCCUUUUCUCGUCGCGGGAGUGCUUCAGAAACGAAUUUGACCGAGUCGACACAGCGAGAUUUGAGGUCAGUCUGAGCGCCCAGACUAUCAGCGACGAUCUCAGACGAUAUACCAAAGAAGUUCUACUUGAGAGAAUUGACGCAAGGGAUUUGGUGAUUCAAGACCCAGAGUUGCUUUGUGAAGUUCAAGAUGAAAUAGGCCUCGGAGGAGAAGGAAUGUUUCUUUGGGUCUUUCUUGCAAUUCAGGACAUCUGUUCCCGGACUAGCGACUAUGACAUACGGCAUACCUUGGGCAGUAUCCCAAGAAAACUCUCAGACACCUUCGACCGGGCUCUGCGACGCAUUACAAAUAAUAACAAAACCGACGUCGCACGGAAAAUCUUCUGUUGGACAGCUGUUGUCCGUCUCCCUCUGACCGUCGACCAGUUGAGAGAAGCAUUGGCCAUUGAAGUUGGGCAAGAAUCCUCCCGUCCAGACCUAUAUCCCAAUGGUAUUGAAAGGCUUGCCUCUUGGUGCGAAAACCUGAUUCAAGUUGAUGAAGCGAGUGAGCUAGUUCGCUUCAGUCACCACUCUAUCCGCCAAUACCUACUAGCUAUGACAGGCGAUUUUUCAAUCAACCAUUCGUUCUGGGACCAUCGCGUCGGAGAACUAUGCGCAACGUAUCUCAAUUUCAACGAUUUCAAGAGAGCUAUGUGCCUCUUGGUAGUUAUCUCGGGACUAUUGCCGAGGAAACGAUUCGGAAUGUACUUCCAAGCAGGCCGGGAAGUCAUGUUGCACGAGCCUUCAAGAGGAGAUUUCGGAAAACCGCGUCACACUCGUUUGCAAGCCAAGAACAAAAGCCUUUAG